AUGCCGCCCCAAUAUGGGAUUCCGGAUUAUGAUUUUCCGACGGAAACUUAUCCGGACAAUCCGAAGGGAAACGACGACGGCAGUGCAACUCAGAUGGCGAUGUGGUACUUGUUGGUGCUAAUCUUAAUCAUAGUUAUUUGGCUCAUUUUGUACUUCAUGUUACGGCUGCUGACUUUGCGACAAAAGACGCGAAAUCCACAACAGAGACGAGCGUAUAUGGGCUCCCGGUCCCAGACCACUGUUCCAGCAUCAGAGCCUACAAUCUACGUCAGCCCAGCCAAUCUACCUCCACCACCAAAAUAUGAGGCGAUGGCCCCACCAAGCUACGAAGAAGUAGUUGGUAUUCACUACCCAGGAUACCAGCCUCCUGGCCAACCCAUCAACCAACCCAUUACUGCCGCACUGGCCACACAGAGCAAUACCAAUACAUCAGAUACGUCAAAUAUUCCUAACGCUGAUAAUAGGGUCGCUGGCGACUCAAAUAACCCUACGAAUGUUUCACAUACCGUUAUUAACAGCACAACAACGAUAACUACUGUUGAUGAGACACGACCAGUAGCCGCUUCGUCAUGA